GAGUGAAUUAGAUGACUUGGAAUAUAUGUAUGACCUCUUCUCAGUUAUUAUACACAAAGGUGGUUGCUACGGAGGCCAUUAUCAUGUGUAUAUUAAAGAUGUAGAUCAUUUGGGAAACUGGCAGUUUCAAGAGCUGUCUGCAAGGAACAAGUUUCAUGACCAACCCCACAUAAUGUUCCCUGGGUGAAAGCCAACAUCUCAGUCUCUCUCAACCUAAGUAGAAGAUGAUCUCUUGCCUCUUGCCUGGAGGUCAUUAACUAUUCAAAAUGUGGCUCUCGAUCUGCUGUAAAGAGGAGCCUGACCUGUGCCUUCCAAAGUGGGGUCUUUUGCUUCACUGAUGGUUGACAUCACUUCAAGCAUCAUCUUGCACAUUUGAGGAUGUGGGACAAAGAAGUUUUACAACAGCUCCCAGUAGGCAGCCCUGGGACUGGUGCCUCCUGGACCAGCCUGUCCCCACAAGGCCAAGGUUGGACACCGGCAGAGUGCAGGAGGACUAGGCCCAGCCCAUGUGCCACCUAGGGCGUGUCACACCCUAGGCAAUGCCGGCCUGCGUCUCCCCUCCUACCAUUUUUAUUUUUUAUUAUUUUUUUUUUCGCGGUAUGCAGACCUCUCACUGCUGUGGCCUUUCCUGUUGCGGAGCACAGGCUCUGGACCCACAGGCUCAGUGGCCAUGGCUCACGGGCCCAGCCGCUCCGCGGCAUGUGGAAUCUUCCCAGACCGGGGCACGAACCCGUGUCCCUUGCAUCGGCAGGCGGACUCUCAACCACUACGCCACCAGGGAAGCCCUCUCCUACCAUUUUUAAAUCUCUUGUUCCUUAGCUAUAAAUGUCUUUAAACAUAUUAAACAUACUGUUUUAUUCUCUGAUAAUUGCAGUAUCUGAAGACUUUGUGGGUCUUUGGAUAUCUGCUGAUUCUGUUUCCUUAUGAUUUUGCUAUUUUAGACUGUGAUCUUGGUUGGCUGGUUGGUUUUGUAAGAACACGGUGUAGGAGUAAUUUGAAGCCUGAGUUAAAAGUACCUUCUUCCACGAAAGAUGUGUAUUUGUCUCUACCACAUGCCUGGGGUCACCUCCAACCUUUAAUACCUUUAAAAUAAGAUCUAGACUUGGUGGUUCUAGAGCCAUACAACUGAUGUGAAUUUGGGCCACAACCCACAUGAAGACCUACUUGUGAUUACAGAUUAUUAGAGGAAAUGUUUUUCCACCUUCAUCUAGUAUCAAGGUCAAAACAAGCAAGUUUCUCAUUGUCCUUUGUUGUGGGGUGGAUUUUUUGGUAGGUCAUGCUUAUAUUGAUAGCAUAGUCCUUUCAGGUUUCUAGCUUUCUGCUGGAAUCUAUCUUUGUGGUAUAAUAAAAAAUAUAUACUUGGUCCUUGUUCCAGGUCCCUGGCACAGAGCUCCUUGAAAUUUCCUGAGUGAUUAGGCAUGUCUUUUCUUGUUCAUAAUGAACCCCUUUCAACCAUACCUGAGUUUAUGCUAAUCAGGUUACCUGCGGGGUGAGGGCUGGUCAGCAGAGAAACCAACCACAUGAUUAGAGGGUUGGAACUUUCAGACCCACCCCCUCACCCAGGGAGGCACAGGGGCUGGAGAUUGAGUUUGGUCACCGAGGGCCAAUGAUUUAAUCAAUCAUGCCUGCAUAAUGAAACUUUGAUUAACACUCUGAAAGAAGAGGACUAAGGGAGUUUCCAGGUUGGUGAAUACAUCCAUGUGCAGGGAGGGUGGCCACCCCAACUCCACGCGGACAGAGGCUUCUGCCCUCGGGACCCUCCCCAGCCUUGCCCUGUGUACCUUCAUCUGGAUGUUCGUUUGUAUCCUUUGUAAUAAACUCUAGUCCUGAGUAUAAGUUCCUGAGUUCUAUGAGCUGUUCCAGGAAGUUAUCAGACAUGAAGUGGAGCUUGUAGAAUUUGUGAUCAGCCAGGCCGAAGUGCAGGUAGCCUGGGAACCCCAUUUGCAGCUGGUGUCUGAAGUGGGGGCAGCCUCGUGGCACUUAGCAACAUUAGUGUCAGAAUUGAAUUAACGGACAGCCAGGUGGUGUCAAAGAAUUGGAGAGCUGGUUGUUUAGAAAACCAGCCAUUCAACUCCCCACUUUGGGUAGGUCCUUACGCUUUGUCUCCCAGACCCUGUCCUGUGUGAGCAUCAAGGUGGAAGCUGUGUGUCAGCAACGUUGAGCGGCUGGAGACCUCAACUCUGGAUUUCUUCCCUUGGAUCCUCAUGUCACUUGUUCUCUGAGGAUUUUUCCAAUGUUCUCUUGCUAGUUCGGCAUGUGUUUAAAAAGAGAUUUUCUUUUGUUGUGUGUUUUACUUUAUCCAGCAUUUUUAGUAAUUUUACAGCAGGAUGGUUGUAUUUCAUCUGCCGUAUUCUUCUAUAUUUCUUUAUUAGUUUUGUCUUAUGUUAACUGUUUAGGUCUAUUUGUGUUUAUGAUUUUAAGCCAGUUUAAAAUACCUUUGCAAGAUGUCAUGUAUGAAAUAAUAAAAAUACCUUAUCGGGAAUUUUGACAUGUUUCCAAGUAACUUCAUAAGAUGGGGUGCAAACUUGGGUGAUCAGAAAAUAGGAGGGAGGGACUUCCCUGGUGAUGGAGCGGUUUAGAAUCUGCCUGCCAAUGCAGGGGACACGGGUUCGAGCCAUGGUCCAGGAAGAUCCCACAUGCCACGGAGCAACUAAGCCCAUGUGCCACAACUUCUGAGCCCGCGUGCCACAGCUACUGAAGCCCGUGCGCCUAGAGCCCGUGCUCCACAAUAAGAGAAGCCACCGCAGUGAGAAGCCCGCACACCACAACGAAGAGUAGCCCCUGCUCGCCGCAACUAGAGAAAGCCCGCACGCAGCAACGAAGACCCAACGCAGCCAAAAAUAAAGAAAGAAAGAAAGAAAAUAGGAGGGAAUGUUUAAGCUGAGCUUGCAGAGGAGGACAAAAGUAAUCCAGAUGUGAAUUUGGAAGAUCUUCAAAAUGAAGAGAUUGAUGAUCCAUUGAUGAUUCUAAAAGCAGUCUUACUACAGGAGGAGAGUAAUCUAAUUCCUGUUGAUCAGCUGGGCCAGAAACUCUUGAAAAAGAUAGGAAUAUCUUGGAAUAAGAAGUACAGAAAACAGUAUGGACCACUGCGAAAGUUUUUACAGCUUCAUUCUCAGAUAUUUCUGCUCAGUUCAGAUGAAAGUACAGUUAGUCUAUUGAAGGACUGUUCUCUCCAGACUGAGUCUGAUAUACGAAGAAAUGAUCAACAACUUUUGAAGACACUUACUUCAGAACCCCCAGGAUUAAAUGAUAGACCCUCCUGUCCCCACUGGUUUGAUGUAAACGAUUCCCAAGUCCAGCCAAUUAAGGAAGAGGAUAUUGAACAGCAAUUUCAGGGUAAAGAAAGUGCCUACAUGUUGUUUUAUCGGAAGUCCCAGUUGCAGAGACCCCCUGAAGCUCGAGCUAACCCAAGGUACAGGGUUCCAUGUCAUUUGCUGAAUGAAAUGGAUGCCGCCAACAUUGAACUACAAAUAAAAAGGGCAGAAUGUGAUUCUACAAACAAUAAUUUUGAAUUGCAUCUCCACCUCGGCCCUUAUUAUCAUUUCUUCAAUGGGGCUCUGCACCCAGUAGUCUCUCAAACAGAAAGCAUGUGGGAUUUGACCUUUGAUAAAAGAAAAACUUUAGGAGAUCUUCGACAAUCAAUAUUUCAGCUGUUAGAAUUUUGGGAAGGAGAUAUGGUUCUUAGUGUUGCAAAGUUUGUACCAGCAGGACUUCAUGUUUACCAGAGACUUGAUGGAGAUCACCUGACACUGUGUGAAAUUGAAAUUGCUGAUGGGGAAGACAUCUUUGUAUGGAAUGGGGUGGAGGUUGGCGGAAUCCAGAUUCCAGCUGGUAGUGACUGUGAACCUCUGCUUUUAAAUGUUCUUUAUCCGGCGACAAGCAGUGAAGAAGAGCAGUGUCAGCAGUUGAUAGACUCUCCAUAUGUCUUUCCAUCUAAUGCAGAAAUAGGUAGUGUAUUCACAGCCUGUGCAAUCCCAGACGGAGUCAUCUUAGUCAACAGUGCUGAGUCUGUAGGUGAAGAGAGCUGGACCACCAUUCCCAAGGAAGACUUGAAGAAGACAUUCAGAGAACAAGGUCUCAGAAAUGGAAGCUCAAUUUUAAUUCAGGAUUCUAAUGAUGGUAACAGUUUGUUGACCAAACGAGGGAAGUGGAUCACCAGUGUGAAUGAGGUUGACUGGCUCCAAGUUAAAAAUUUAUGCCAAUUAGACUCUGAAGAAGAACAAGUUAAAAUAUCAGCAACUCUUAACACAGUGGUGUUUGAUAUUCGAAUUAAAGCCAUAAAGGAAUUAAAAUUAAUGAAGGAACUAGCCGAGGACAGCUGUUUGAGGCCUAUUGAUAGAGACGGGAAGCUUCUUUGUCCAGUGCCAGACAAUUAUACUUUGAAGGAAGCAGAAUUGAAGAUGGGGAGUUCAUUGGGACUGUGUCCUGGAAAAGCACCAACUUCUUCUCAGCUGUUCCUGUUUUUCACUGUGGGGAGCGAUGUUCAGCCUGGGACGGAGAUGGAGAUCAUAGUAGAAGAAACAAUAUCUGUGAGAGAUUGUUUAAAGGUAAUGCUGGAGAAAUCUGGCCUAUCAGGAGACGCAUGGCAUUUACGGAAAAUGGAUUGGUGCUAUGAAGCUGGGGAAGCUUUAUGGGAAGAAGAUGCAGCACUGAAAGAGCUGAUGCUCUCUUCUGGAGACACUUUGCUUUUAAUCGAAGGAAAACUUCCUCCUCUGGGUUUCCUGAAGGUGCCCAUCUGGUGGUACCAGCCACGGGGUCCAUUGCAUCACUGGAAGAGUCAUCAGGACCAGACUAACUGUACCUUUUCUCAAGGCGGGGUCUGGAGAGCUAAUUCCAUCCAAGAUGCUCCCAGUGACGCGCAUGCAGAAGUUUCCCUCCGCUACUUGGGAGACGUUGAAAUCUCAGAAGAUGCUACGUUGGGGGAGCUGAAGUCUCAGGUCAGCCUUCCUCCUGCAGCGCGUACCUUACUGGUGAUCUGGCUGCUUCCAGCCAUGACCUUGCCCUCCUUCUCGGAGUUUUCCAUCCCAUCGCCCGCCUUCCUUAGAGCCUGGACGGUGGAAAGUAGGCGCCCCGGCAGGCUCUUACGAGUCCACUAUCAGCGGCUCAGGGAAUAUAAAUUGGGACAGAGAACUGAGAUCUGCUUAGAGCCCCUUCAGAAAGAAGAAAACCUGGGCCCCCAGCAUGUGCUGCUGAGGACACAGAUGCGCCUCCCUGGCAAGAGGGCAUAUGCCUUGCCCGUGGACUUGGUGUGGGACACUGCCCGAGGCUGGACGGCCGGCUCCCUGAGGCACCGAGUGGCCGAUUUCUAUUCUCUUCCUGUGGAGAAAAUUGAAAUUGCCAAAUACCUUCCUGAAAAGUUUGAGUGGCUUCCAGUACCUAGCUGGAACCAGCAAAUUACCAAGAGGAAAAAGAAGAAAAAGCAAGAUAAUUUGCAGGGGGCGCCUUAUCACUUGAAAGAUGGAGAUACUAUUGGCAUUAAGAAUCUCCUGGUUGAAGAUGAUGAUGAUUUCAGUACAGUCAGAGAUGACAUUGGAAGAGAAAAACAGAAAGCGUUUGCUCUGGGGAGAAAGAAGCGCCAGGAAGCCCUUCGUGUGCGGAGCAGCGACGUCCCCUCUGGUGCAGAGAUGCCUCCCCGCCCCCGUGGACCAGAAGCUUCUCUCUCCAUCCACGUCGGGAGCUUCAGAUAGCACAGGGCCUACACUCCUGCUGCAGGUCCUGGCCCGUUUCCUGGUUUCUGCCCGGUGUGGACACGGACUCAGAGCCCUGCUUUGUCAUGAGCAAAGAGGGCGCUCCAUCGCAGGCCAGGCGAGUGCGCUUGUCACCCGCUCCGUGGCGCGUCCCCCCAGGCUGGCACGGACCUGGCCGCACCACAGGUGCCAACCAGCCGACACCCUCGCGCCAACACUCGAGCCCCGCCACCAUCUUUAUACAAAAAUUGACUAGUUUUGCAUUAACUGCAGGCAUGGGUGACGUGCCACGUGGCUCAUCCCUACACACCUGUCUCUAAAGUACACCCGCCCCACUCUCUCUCUCUCACGCUGUUCAGGUAUCUGUGGCCGCCCAGGCUCUGACAGCUCGGCUCACAGCGAUGGGCUGGCCAGGCUCACGCUGUGACAUAAACAGGAGUCUGUUUUCUGGUCCCCAAACGGCACGUUUCCCCUUUGGUCUGAGUUAGAAGUGGUUCUGAAGCGUUAGUUACCUCUCUUUCCGGGAUGAGACCGACGGGGCAUCCUCUGAGGUCGGGUGCCGCUGGGGAGGGGGCAGCAUGAGCUGGCGUCCGACCCGUGCUGUCUGUGGUCAGAACAUUCUCGCCGGGGCCUCUUCCUUCUGGGAGCCUGACGGGGAGGCAGGUCGUGGCCGACAAGCCUGGGAAGGGCUGAGGGGGCAGUCCUGAGGAGCCUCGAUUAAAAUGGGAAAAAGAAAAUGUGAACCAAGAGUCUUCUUAAUGCGGCAUAGCUGGCUCUCCCAUUUAAAAGAUGUAAGUGGUAUUUAUGACAGCUACGUCGCGUCUGUGUUACUGAGCUGAGUGAUUUUGGACACUGGGGUGACUCACUUUCUCAAGCUAACUCAGUCAGAAGCAGGAAAAACAAAUUCUUUACUUUCUUAUACCUCAGUGAUGCUUUAUAGCGACUCUCUUGCUAGGUAUGGUUAUCUUCUUGAUUUCACAGUUUUUCAUCAGCCUUUUUACCACUGAUGAUAUUAAAAUAGCUCUUAAAUGUAAGGGAUGGAAAGGAAAUGACACGUGGGCUAGGCCUCCGCCUGCACCACCGGCUUAAGGAAAUUGCGUGAAUGUUGCUGCGCCCGUGCUGCUCUUCCGCAGAGCUUGCCACUGAGUGGAACGAAUGCCCUGCCCUUCCUUCCUCUGUUCUCCCUCCUUCCAAACAGUGUCAGCACCACCACUAGAAACUCUGGUCUCUGUGUGUGCGUCUGAAAUUGUUGGCUCGCGAAUUACGUACUAAUUUGUAUUGAAGCAGUCGUGUUUUAAGAAGUUGGGCUUUGGCGAGUGCUUCCGGCCUCAAACACUAACUCUGUCUCAGGAGACGCGCACGUGGGGUCCAGACUCUCCAGACGCACCUGGCGGGCAGUGACGAGGCCAAAGUGUAAGCUCCCUGACUGCCCCUCUGUGUAGAGGCUCUUCUGUCCCUUUUCCCGUAACUGACAGGGCUCCUUGGUGUGCCCCUUCAUUCCACUGUAAUAAAACAUUAAUGUUCUAACUGAAAAGCCUUGCUUCUGAGAAGCCGGCGGCCUUGCUGGGCAUCACCUACCACGACAGGCAGGGGUCGAGGUGCUGCAUGGUGUCCACGGUGAGCGGCCGGGGCCUCGGGUGGUCUCUGCUUGUCGGCUUGCUCCCCUCCCUCCUUCCUUCCUUCCUUCCUUCCUUCCUUCCUUCCUUCCUUCCUUCCUUCCAGUUUGGGGAUGGAGUGGGGCUCCAGGGAGAGAGCUGUAAGAGUUUGUUAAAGAAAAAAUAAACUGUUCAAUUUGUAA